AGCGGAGUCCUCGGGCCGGGGCGGCUCGGGCCCCUCCCCUGCUCGCGCUCGCCAGCCGCCGGGGUAGAGCUGCGCGGGCCCGGAGCCGAGCGAGGGCUGAGCGGCGGGGGCGCGCGCAGGGCGGAGGGGUGGGGAGUCCCCGGAAAGGGGUGGGGGCGGCCCUCGGCGCCGGCGGCCCUAGGGGCGGCCCCUGGGGCCGUCUGCCUGGCGGGCUGGCACGCAGUGGCACGCAGUGAGACUGUCGCGAGUGCAGGUGUGCGAGGCGUACGUGUGCACCCCAUGACCGCAUGACUGUGCACCUGUGCGCAUCGGGGGCACGCGCUCCCCCAGGACGCAUUUCCGCGCUGUGGAUCCGCGGGCCUCUGUGCGCCCGUGUAUCUGUCGUGGCCCUCAGGGGACACGUCCUCUGAACAAGAAGAGUUCAUGGGUGUGCCGUCAGCGACAUGCGUUCGUAGCUGUGUUCACAUGUGUUUCCACAAGCCCGUGAACAGAAUGUGCCUUUGUUUCUCUCUGAGCUGAAAAGGGGAAUGUUGUCACCGAGUUGGAGUGUGUGGAAUUCUGGAACAUCUCCCCCUACCCAACCGUAAACUGUUGAACCUUCGUAGAGCCCUGGAUGUUUCCUGGUCCAGCUCUUUGUCCCAAAUGAGGAAACAGGCCCAAACCAGGAGGAAAGCAGUCGCGAGCUUGAGGUCACAUCUACUGUGUGUUGUGUACUCUAUGCACUUAAUGCUGCCAACCUUUUUAAGUGGAUGAUAUGAAUCCCCUUUUACAGAGAAGAGAUGUGAGACUGGUAGCGCCCGAAGAAAGCCACAGAACAGGGAUCUCAACCCGCUCUGCCAAAGUUCACCGUCCUACUUCUAUACCAGGGAUUUUCAAAGUGUGGUCCAGGGACGCGUGGGUGGCUCAAUGGUGGAGUGUCUGCCUUUGGCUCAGGUUAUGAUGGUGGGGUCCUGGGAUCAAGUCCCACAUGGGGCUCCCUGCAGGGAGCCUGCUUCUCCCUCUGCCUGUAUCUCUGCCUCUCUGUGUGUGUGUCUCUCAUGAAUAAAUAAAUAGAAUCUUUAAAAUAAAAUAAAAUAAAAUAAAAGUGGAGUCCAGGAGAACCUUCCAGGGAUCACUGAGGUCAAAACAAUUGUCCUAGGAAUUUUUUUAAGAAGAUUUAUUUAUUUUUUCUUUCUUUCUUUCUUUCUUUCUUUCUUUCUUUCUUUCUUUCUUUCUUUCUUUCUUUUCUUCUUUCUUUCUUUCAUAAGAGACACACACAGAGAGAGAAAGAGGCAGAGACACAGGCAGAGGGAGAAGCAGGCUCCAUGCAGGGAGCCUGACGUGGGAUUCCAGGGGCCCCAGGAUCACGCCCUGGGCCGAAGGCAGUGCUAAACCGCUGAGCCACCCGGGCUUCCCCUUGUCCUAAGAAUGUUAAAAUAUAAUUUUACUUUUUCACUUUCACGCCAUCACAAAAGUACCCUGGGGGGGGCACCUGGGAGGCUCAGUGGUUGAGCAUCUGCCUUUGGCUCAGGUCAUGAUCCUGGGGUCCUGGGAUGGAGUCCCACAUUAGGCUCUUUGCAGGGAGCCUGCUUCUCCCUCUACCUGUGUCUCUGCUUCUCUCUAUAUAUGUCUCAUGAAUGGAUAAAUAAAAUCUUUAAAACAAACAAAGUACCCUGGAAUUUCCCAGAGGCAACAUGAUGCAUCUUCUGUUAAGCCAGAAAUUAAGAGGGUUGCAAGGGGUGCCUGGGUGGUUCAGUCAGUUAAGCAGCUAACUCUUGAUUUCAGCUCAGGUCUUAAUCUCAGGGUCCUGGGAUUGAGCCCUGUGUGGGGUUUAGCACUCAACAGGGAGUCGGGUUCAGGAUUCUCUCCCUCUCCAUCUGCCCCUCCUCUGUGCACAUGUUGGCUCUCUCUCUUUCUAAGUAAAUAAAUACUUUAAAAAAUAAAGAGAUUUGCAAAAAUGUAAAGCAAUGACACUCUUAUCUCUAAUUUUUUUACUUUGUAAAAUAAUUUUUAUGUUUUUAUGUUAAAAAUAGAAUAGGUUUAUUGCUACAAUUUUCAUUAAUUAAUUGAAACUUUGAAAUUUCUCAGUAAAUAUUAAUAUGGUAAAUAUCAAUAGAUAUAACACACAUAAACAAAUGCUCUUUGGGGUCCUAAAUAUUUUUUAAGAAUAUAAAGGAGUCCUGAAACCAAAAUGUUUGAAAACUGCUGCUCUAUGCCAUGUUACCUCCCUGGGGGUCUGUGUGUGGGACUGACUGUGCCAAAGGUUCUCUGGGACAGGACUAGAGGAGGCUGGGAGUCAGGUGAAUGGACUCCCAGUCUAGUGCUCUUUCCAUAUCAGGCCAGGAAACAGAUUGCUGGGUUUAGGAUGUGUCCCCAGCUGUCCCCAGCCUCUGCCAGCAGAGGCUUCUCUAGUUGGAGCUUACGUCUGUCCAUGUUGUCUCAGCCAGGGAUGCCCUUUCCAUUUGAUCCUCACUUGUCACUGCCCAUCCAGCUGCCCGUGCAGCCCUCUGCAUGCCAGCUUGUGGAAAGAAAAGCAAUGGGGGGUGGGGAGGGCCGCUAGGGCAGCUGGGCAACCGUCCCCACCCGUCCCUGGCACAGCUCUGCCCAGCACACAAAGGGCAGAGUGAAUCUUGUCCCAGCCACUGCAGCUGAAGAGCUGGAAGGAGAAAAAGAGGAGGUACACAUAGAAGGGGUGGCUACCGUAGGGUUCUCCAUCACCCAUGGUCCUCCCAGAGACAGAAAGGGGAAGUCUGGGUCCUAUUCUCAGCUAGUGAGAAGAGGUAUUUGGGAGACAAAGUAGAUGAUAAUCAUGUCAACUGGAUUGAUGUCAUUGAAUCAUCACAACAGCUUGUCUGAGGGGGGACAGGAUAGGCAGACUAGUACCAUUUAACAGCUGAACACACUAAAGCCUGGAAAGGCAGAAAGAUAGAUUCAUUCGGGGUCCCAGAGCUGGUCGGUCAAGCAUUAAGACCUCCACACACUGAUGGAAUGAACAUUGACCACUCUCCAGGAGCUCCUGCAUGUUUGGUGACAGUCUCAGCACUGAAUAGAAUUACAUGUUAGCUGUGUGCAUGCUCCUUGCCCCACAGCAGGUACAAAGAAGCCUCAGGAAACCAUGGUCUUGGGGCCAGUCCCAGGGAAGACAGGGCAACAAAAAGCACCCUCACAGCUGAUGAGAACAGCAGUGCAUGCUAAGUGGCAAGUGAAAGGGUAGCAGGAGGCUGGGAGAUUUUGGAGGAGGGAAGAGGCACCGUAGCCUGGGCCUGUGAGGUCACAGAGCAGGUGCCAUUGGCUCUUGUCUGACCUUUUAGGGUUGGUGGCACUCAGAGAGGUGGAGAGGCAUUGAGGGUGGAGAGGCAUUGAGGGUAGGAUUUCCAGGAGGGAGAAAUGGCCUAAGUAAAGGCCAAGAUGUGAGAAGUUUGCAACAGAGGGCUGAUGGGGGUAGCGAGGUGACAGCUAUCCAUGCCCAGUUACAGGUCCCACAUUGCUUCGUGAGAACAAAGAUGAGGACCCCAAGACCUCCACUGGGUCAGUGCCAGAGAGGUUGAUGCUAGCAUCUGAACUCCCCUUAUGAAACUUGAGGGCAACCUUCUUACCCCAACCUCCAAACAGGCAAAAACAAGCAGAUAAAAAAGAAAAGAAAAACCAUAAAGUUUGUGAGAAUUACAGCCUAAGAGCAGCCUGCCAGGGAGACUGAGGACCUGAGAGAGCAGAGGCUUCUUUCCAAGAGAGACUCCUUUCUCAGCACCAGCUGAUGAUGGCAAACCCUACACACAGCGCCUGCUUAGAACAAGCUCCACAGCUGGACCAUGCGGCCCCCUGAGAUGCCCGCAGGGACCCCGAGAUGCUUGCAGCCCUCCUGGGCUCUCCCACUGGCCCGCUGCCCACCUGGCUCAGGCCCAGUGCGUGUGAGUCAGCCAAUCAAUCCCAGCGUUGCCAGGACAAUCUGGGGCGGGAGUGGGGGCGCUCGGGGCAGGCAGGGGUGGGCACCACAGGCAGCUGUCUCCUACAUCUGGCACCUGCACACAGCUGAGACUGCACAGUUGAGAGGAGGACGUUUCCCCCUCCUCCCUGGACACCCUUCCCCAACACUCCUCCUAGGACACUUGCUGCUAGAGGUUUCGGCAAAUAUUUAAAGGGGCAGCUGGGGAGGAGGGUGAGGAGGAUGGUGGGAGCAAACACUCCCUUCCCUCCCCUGUCCCCUUCCCUGAGCUUUUCAGGCACUCUUAGCUCAGAUGCCAUGCUGUUGUGCAACCCGGAGACUGAAGGCUCUCCUGGUGUAGAGGAGGUCCCUGUGGGGGCAGGGAAACCGGCUAAGGCUGGAGAGCUGGGGACCAGCUCAUGACCUCAGGACAGGGCCAAGGUGUGAGGGAGCCCCCAGGCCAGGGACAGAACCUGGGGUGGAGUGUUGGGAGGUAAAGUAGCAGGAAGAUAAGGGAGUUGGGCCGAGAGGAGUAAGGGUAGGUAUCUGACUUAGACACCUGUGAAAGUUCCAAGGUAAAGGCACUGUAGAUACCGCUUGACCCGGCGAGUGGAGGAAAGCCCAAGAGAAAGGCUGCACCCACUCGUGGAUUUGGCUUAGGAUAACAAAGAAAUAGAAGUGGCUUUGAGGAAGGAGGUUAAGAGAUGGAAGGGAGAAGUAGAAGGUCCAGAAAGUGGAUUACAUUGGGGUGAGUAGCAUCUUAGGGCAAAUUUAGGAUCAAAGGCUAUAAAAAGAGGAACACAGAGGAACAGGGUCAGAGGCAGCACCAAGCAGGUGAGAUUCAAGAAUGAGGAGAUUGGGACCUGUGGGUCACCAUACCCAGCCCCAUGCAAGGCUGUUUGGGCAUAAGAAAGAAGUGUCAGGUGUGGAAUCUGCUAUCAAAAGCCUUCAGCUUGAUCUCUGAAAAUGGUUCACCAUUUACUUGAUGCAGAAAACCCCACAGAAUCAUUCAAAUCCAGAAGUUGAAAUCUUCAUAUUCAUUUUAAGAACACUCAUGAAGCUGCCCAGGUCACCAAGGCUAUGUCUAUCUCCAAAGCCAUCAAGUAUCUGAAGGAUGUCCCUUUACAGAAGCAAUGUGUGCCAUUCCAUCAUCAUCAUGGUGGGGCCGAUAAGUGAGCCCAGGCCAAACAGUAGGCAGGGCAUGGUGUCAGUGGCCUAUAAAGAGUGCUGAAUUUUUGCUGCAUGGGCUUAAAGAUGUAGAGUAAUGCUAAACCUAAGGGUUUAGAUGUAGAUUCCCUGGUCAUCUGGCACAUUCAGGUGAACAAAGCCCCCAAAUGAGCCACUAAAUUUACAGAGCUUGUGAUCAGAUUAACCCCUGCAUAAGCCCUCCUUGCCACAUCGAGAUGAUCCUUACUGAAACAGAGCAGAUCGUUCCCAAACCAGAAGAGGAGGUUGCAUAGAUGAGAAAGAUAUCCCACAAGAAGCUGGAGAAACAGCAAUGUAUGGCCUGGGAAUAAAUUCAGCAUGAAAUGGAUGCAAAUAAAAGUAAAACAGGGGGAAAGGUCUUUAGCUUACAAACCAGCCCAUAGCAGAGAAUGAAAAACCACAUAUUGGUAGAUAAAAACUUAUAGCCAGAGGGGACAGAGUCUUCAGGAUCAGGAAAAGAAUGACUGAGGCAAGUCUGAGGUUAGGUAGCAAAUGUGUGGGAGGAGGCCAGGCAGGUGGCAUACUGGAAGUGAAAAUGUGAGGCUCUUCAAGAAAUGGCCAUGAUGAACCCCCACACUGAUGCCAAAGCACCACCUGCCUUCAGCUGUGCCCCCUGGGCUUGCAGGCACUGCCUCCUCACUCCCCUCCCUGGAGCUCAUCCCUAGACACAGGGAAAAUUCUGUUGGGAAGUGUGCUGGACUCCGCAUUGGGUCAGACCCCCGGCUGCCUGAGAGGUUCAACCUGGCAGAAGAACAGGGAAAGCCACAAAACUGCAGGGGCAGGUGCCAGCAAGAAAAGCGGCCAAUGCCAGGAAGACACCUACGGAGAGAGGUGCAGAUUGCCCAAGGGCAAAUUUGCUCAGUGCACCCAGCUUUGCUCUCACCGAGGCCAAGAGGACUCAUGUGCCAGGGCCGAGGGUCCUCAGGCGCUCUUGAGCUGGCUUAUCAGGACUUCAGUUCUGGAGGGCCAGGAACAAACAGGUUUCAAAGUCAAGGGCUUGGCUGGCAGAAGGAGACUGGGUCCUUCACUUCUGUCCCCUCUCCCUACCGGCGUAUAUAAGAUCCUAGGUCCCAUUUGGGAGAUGAGAGGGGAAGGCGCCUGCAGCAAGAUGGAUGUGGGCAGCAAGGAGGUCUUGAUCGAGAGCCCCCCGGACUACUCAGCAGCUCCCCGGGGCCGGUUCGGCAUCCCCUGCUUCCCUUCGUCCCUCAAACGCCUUCUCAUCAUCGUAGUAGUGAUAGUCCUUGUGGUCGUGGUGAUUGUCGGCGCUCUGCUAAUGGGUCUUCACAUGAGCCAGAAACACACUGAGAUGGUCCUAGAGAUGAGCAUUGGGGGGCCAGAAGCCCAGCAGCGCCUGGCCCUGCAGGAGCGUGUGGGCACCACUGCCACCUUCUCCAUUGGCUCCACUGGCAUCGUAGUGUACGACUACCAGCGGCUCCUGAUUGCCUAUAAGCCAGCCCCGGGAACCUGUUGCUACAUCAUGAAGAUGGCUCCAGAGAACAUCCCAAGUCUUGAGGCUCUCGCUAGAAAGUUUCAGGACUUCCAGGUCAAGUCAGCGGUGUCUACCUCUAAGCUGGGACAGGAGGAGGGCCAUGAUGCUGGCCCAGCAUCCCCUGGGGAUCCCCUGGACUUCCUGGGCACCACAGUGAGCACCCUGUGUGGUGAGGUGCCCCUCUUCUACAUCUAGGACCCGUCAGGACCCACGGAAGCCCCAGCUGAGGAGGGAAGACCCGCGCUCAAAGGGUCUUUUGCAGAGACGCAGGAAGCUGCUCCUGCCCACAGCACAGGGACCAGCGCUGGCGAAAUGGGAGCUGUGGGGAGAGGUGGGAGCGGG